GAGGCCCUUGUCUGCAAAUUCACCGAUCCCUCCACACUCGAGAAAGAAAAGAAAAAAGAAAAGGAAAAGCUGAGAGCUUUUUCGUCUUUGUCCGCCAUUGAAGUUGGAGACAUCAAAAGAAAGGAAGGUUUGUAAAAAUGGGGUUUAUUACAAAUCUCUUGAAGGAACAGCGGCAUAUUCUGUUAACCAGAAAGCUUUUACCUUGGUUCAUUUAUGCCCUUCUUCCAUUAGCUUUCUUCCGAUUAUACUUUCAUCCUAUCCAUCUUCCAGAAAAUUCCAUUCAUCAGUCACCCCAAAUCGUCGUUUCUUCUUCUUCGUCUUCUUUGUCGACUCCUCCUUUUUCAUCUUCCCCUGUUCUUGAAGAAGAAGUAAAUGCGAUUACUGAAACUUCAUGUGAUUACACCGACGGCAAAUGGGUCCCCGACAAGUUGGGACCUUUAUACAAUGGUUCAACCUGCGGUACAAUCAAAGCUGCCCAAAAUUGCAUCGCUCAUGGUCGAACAGACUUGGACUAUCUUUACUGGCGAUGGAAGCCCCACAAAUGCUCUCUCUCAAGGUUUGACCCAAAUAAAUUUUUUCACUUAAUGACUAACAAACACAUAGCCUUCAUCGGGGAUUCAAUGGCUAGAAACCAAGUGGAAUCCCUCCUCUGUAUUUUAUCCUCUGUUUCGAAACCCCAUCUCGUUUACAGAGACGGCGAGGACAACAAAUUCCGGCGAUGGAAUUUCCCAUCUUAUAAUCUAACUCUUUCCGUUUACUGGUCACCGUUUCUCGUCGACGGAAUUGAAAAAUCAAACACCGGUCCUAAUCACAACAAACUUUUUUUACAUCGUGUGAAUGAGAAAUGGGCUGUGGAUUUAGAUGAUUUCCAUUUGGUUGUAUUCUCAAUCGGCCAUUGGUAUUUACAUCCAGCAGUGUAUUACGAAGGGGAUGAAUUAGUAAUGGGGUGUCAUUACUGCCCUGGUUUAAACCACACCGAGAUUGGAUUCUAUGACGCUUUGAGAAAGGCAUUGAGGACGACAUUUCAGACGGUAAUCGACAGAAGAAACCCAGCAAACAGCGAUGAACUGAACAUAUUUCUAGCAACAUUUUCCCCCUCUCACUUCGACGGGGAGUGGGACAAGGCCGGGGCGUGCCCAAAAACGAAGCCUUAUGAGGAAAAUGAGAAGAAAUUGGAGGGCAUGGAUGCAGAAAUAAGAGGGAUUGAAAUGGAGGAAGUGGAAGAAGCAAAAUCUAGAGCGAAACAAAAUGGGGGGCUGAGGAUUGAAGCUUUGGAUGUGACGAAGAUAUCGAUGUUGAGGCCGGAUGGGCAUCCGGGUCCUUACAUGAACCCAUUUCCAUUUGCCAAUGGGGUUGGAGAUCGUAUCCAGAAUGAUUGUGUUCAUUGGUGUUUGCCUGGCCCUGUCGAUACUUGGAAUGAGAUUCUUUUGGAAAUUAUGAACAAAUGGGAGAGACAAUCAAGUAGAAACAGAGGAUUAUGAGGGUACAUUUAUUCUUAAACUUCAUUACAUUCAUGCUAAAUUUCAUCAUUCAUACUUACUUACUCUUCUAUUUGUUACCUUCCCAUCUAUACAAAUUAGGCCUGUUUGAUCAGGUGUGGAAGGUUUGAUUUUUGAAUUGAAUCUCCCUACUUGUUCCAACGAAAAAAACCACUAAAUUACAAGUUUAGUUUACUAAGUUUGAGAUUUUUGUUUAUUUGUAAUGCCUACCCAUUUAUUUUUAAACUUUUAAUUUUGUAUCUAAUAAAUCUCUUAACUGUGUUUGAAGUUA